UUCAGUGAGUGAUCUGAGGAUUGUUCUUCUGGGGAAGAGCGUGUCAGAAAACAGUGAAGUGGGAAACUUCCUGUUGGGACGAGCAGCGUUUGACAGUGAAGCUCCUCCAGAUGUUGUAGAGAGAGUCGGAGGAAGAUUGAAGGACAGACAUGUGAUGGUCAUCAACAGUCCUCAGCUGCUCCAGACAAACAUCUCAGAUCAUCAGAUCACACAGACAGUGAGAGAGUGUGUGUAUCUGUCUGAUCCAGGACCUCAUGUGUUCAUACUCGUACUGCAGUAUAAUGACUUCACUGAGGAGGACAUGAGAAGAGUGAAAUAUGUGCUAAAAGAAUUCAGUGACGAGGCGAUUAAAUGCACCAUCGUGAUCACAACUGAUGAAGAAACUGAUGAAGGAGCAUCUGUGAAAACUAAUGAAUUAAUUCAACAAUUCACUGCAGAGUGUGGAGGAGGACAUGUUCAGCUUGAUAAUGAAAUAAAGAGACAGUUCUCUGGAGUAUCUCAACAAUUAGAGAAGAUACUCAGAGAAAACAAUGAAGAUUUUCUCACAUGUGAUUAUGAUGCAGAAGAAACACUGGUGGAUGAAGAUCAGAGCAGAUCUUUUGCUUCACUCAGAACAGAGGAAGAUCCUGAUGGAGGUGUCAGUGACCCUAGACAACAGAAGCUGAACUUGGUGCUGUGUGGAAGUGAUGAAACACUGAAGAACUCUGUAUCAAAACUUAUAAGAGAGAAGAAACACGUGGAGCUUCAUGGACGUCAGAUCAGUCUGGUGGAUCUUCCAGCUCUGUUCAACACUCGUCUCUCAGAGGAGGAAGUGAUGCGUCAGACUCUCCGCUGUGUGUCUCUCUGUGAUCCUGGAGUUCAUGUUUUCCUCCUCAUUAUUCCUGAUGCUCCACUUAAUAAUGAAGAUAAAGCAGAAAUGGAGGAGAUCCAGAAGAUCUUCAGCUCCAGAAUCAACAAACACAUGAUGAUCCUCAUAAUGCAGAGUUCAGAGCAUCAGACAGCAGAACUCAAUGAAGAAACACAGUCUGUCAUUGAGAGAUUUGGAGGACGACAUCAUUUCUUUGGUCCCAACACACAAGUGUCCACAUUGAUGGAGAACAUUGAGAAGAUGCUGGAAGAAAACAGAGGAGAGUUUUUCUCCACAGAGACAUUUCUGGAGGCACAGAUGAAAAAACUGAUGAAAUAUGAAGAGAUGAAGAAGAAAAUUCAUUCACUAGAGACACAUUUACUCUCACAAGGUAAUGACCAGAAAAUCAGUUUGUCUUAAUCAUUAGAGCUAGAAAAAUUACAAAACAAAUUGAAUUUUACAUUUAAAUUCUACAGCAGUUUUAUUAUUUUAUAGUAGUGUUUUAUUUGUAUUCUCUAAACAGCAAAACUGCAACAUUUAACAUUACAAAGUUAAAAAAAAAAAAAAAUGUAAAAUUCGAACAUUUAAAAAUUCAAACAUUUAAAGUCUCCUUGAACCGGAAGUUGCAAACAACAUUUCUCCAGUGUUGUGACGUAUUUCCAAGUGAAACGGAAUAUUGAAUAGAGGGCAGGGUUUUAUUUAGCGCUCCUCCUCUUCAUCUCUCGCUCAUAGCAGACUAACGGUUGGAGGGGAGUGGAUUAAGCGUUUUCAACCCAAGCCGUCAAACUGACGUCAUCAGAGAAGGAACGCCAUUCCAGACCCGAUUGGAAGUCUUUUCAGAUUUUGAUUAAAGAUUACCACGACAAACUAUUUUUUUCUGUUGCUCACCACAAUACUAUAAUAAUAUAAUACUAUAACUGUAAUAUGCACUAACAAAGUAAAUAGGGUCAAUUUUGAUUUCAUUAUGACUUUAAACAUUGUGAUUGUAAAACAAACAAGGUCAAAAUGUCGAGCUUCAGUGUUCCACAGGAAAAGUAUAUUAUUAUUAUUUUUACAUUUAAUCAUUUAGCAGAUGAGCAAAUGAGGACAACAAUAGAAGUAAUCAAACCAACAAUAUGAUAACAAUGCAAGUGUUGUGACUAGUCCAAGUUAGUCUAGUAUAGACCACGUAGUCAGUAUUUUUUUAAUAGAUAUAGUGCAGUACGUGUUAGUAUUAAUGGGUCGGCAGUUUCUUGAACAUGGCUAAAGACUCAUCAGCUCAGGUUGAAAUAGACGGAUCACUCCACCACAGAGAACAGUCAAGAUAAAGGUAGAGAGUUGGUUAAACACGACUCUUUCGAGUGUUUAAGCAAUGAAUGGAAGAAGGGAUUUUCUAGAAGAUUUCUAGAAGUGCUGGAUUUACAGUGGGGUUUCUUAAGCAGUGGGUUAUCCAAGCCUGCUUAAAUGCUGUGGGAAAGUUUCCAGUGUGAAGAGAGGUGUUGAUGAUAUGAGUGAGUGCAGGUACAAUUAAAGAAGAGGUGGCUUAAGGGAGAUGAGUUGGGAUAGGAUCAAGCAGACAAGUAGUCGUGUUAUCGGAAUGGAUGAGUUCGGAGACUUUUGCCUCAGAGACCGGAGAGGAGGAGAGAAGAAUAUGUGUGCUAGCUGUUAAGAUCUGCGUGUCAAUUUGUGGUGUGGAAAAUUGGCCACUGAUGGAUAUUUCAGAACACUUAGUACACUUCCAUAAUGUACUUAAAGUGCUCUAUUUUCGUGCACUUAUUUUGUUUAAAUAGAUUAAAUAGUAAAUAGUUCUGCUCUGAUUCUGAUUUACAAUCACUGUUAUGUUCCACGUAUGUUUUGUAUUUUAUUUUGUUGUUUCCUCCCUCUCUUAUGUUAUCUAUCCAUUGAGUUGUUUUAGGUUGAUCUUAUUGGACCGGAAGACCAGCAAUCAUCUUGAUGUCAUGACGCUCUGACGUCACGACCAGCGUUCUGCCAAUCUGCGGGUUGCUGAUUGUUUAAAGGGCUUUUGGCGGCGUCCAUCUGCAGUGAGCGUUUGGGCUUCGGACCUCACUCACCUUUGUCGAGCCAGAAGCACUCAGCCAAUCUACGUGUCUUUGAGCCGUUCACUUAGUCUGUGGUUUACUAAGACAGUACUCUGUGAGUUGUUUGAUGCAUUCGUGUAAUAGUUAAUCUGAUGGAGUUAGAGCGUGAUACAAGUUUCACGUAUUCAUUGUAUGUGCGCAUUCGUAUGCUGGUGUGAAGUCGUUAUCUGUUAACCACUUGAUUCGGUCUUAAUUGGCAAAUAAUGAUCCCUUUGUUAUGUACAACCCUACUCGGUGUUAAUCUCAACCUUCUUGACAACUGUAGUGAGUGACGGCUCGAUUUGUUAGUUAGUGUGGGGGGGGUGUUCGCCUUCAUUGUACUUUUGGUUAUUUAUGUAGUAAGUUUAGUUAAGGCGUCGUAUACGCCGAAGUUUUCGGUUUUGUUUCUACAUUUUAUUUUUGGUAGUUAGUUUAGGGGCGUGGGCGCUAGUUAAUGGGGUUUUGUUUUGAUUAUUUCUUUUGUUUGGCGACACCCUCGUUUUUUUUCUUACUUUUGAGUUUGUUUCUCUUGUAUCGUCCAUUUUCCCACCCAUGUCAAUAAAGAUCGGGUUAUUUUUGCAA